AUGAAUGAAGAAGAGCCACUACUGGGCAAUCCACCGCCCCGACGCGUCUCAAAAUAUGUGCGCGAAGAGAUCGAUACCAACCGCGGAGAUUUGCUUCUCCUCAUCUGUUACAUCAUCACUGGACUACUAGACAGUUCGGCUGUCUUCAUUUGGGGUAGUUUCGUAUCGAUGCAAACAGGCAACACUGUUUAUUUCGGGCUCGGUCUUGUCGGUUCGGACGACGAUCGAUGGAUCAAAUCUGGUGUUUCGAUUUGUGGAUUCUGCGUUGGAUCGCUUUGCUUUUCUGCAUUCCAUCGCUUCUUCACACCGCGACUUCGCUGGGUCAUCACAGUUUCGUUCUGCAUACAAGUACUUUGUAUCAUGGUGGCUGCUGCGAUUGUGACGGUUUAUCGUCCCACGCGUGAUGCGCCUUUGAGCUGGGUGAUCCUUGUGCCUGUUGCUCUGGUAGCGUUCCAGAGUAGUGGCCAGGCUGUCGCGAGUCGCGUGUUGAAGUACAAUGGGUUGACCAGUGUUGUUUUGACCAGUAUCUACUGCGAUCUAUUUUCACAUGAAGACUUUCUUUCUUUGAGGGUCUUUCGUAACGCCGAGGAGAUGCGUCGAUUGGGCGCUGUGCUAUGUUUGCUUCUUGGCGUUAUUUUUGGUGGACUCUGGGCACAUAGCUCGAUUGGAAUGAUGGGUGCACUCUGGAUGGCUGCCAUUAUGAAGGGAUGCAUCAUGUUGGCUUGGCUUGGAUGGAAGGGCAAGAAGGAAUGA